GCACCCCGGACUGCUACAUCCAGCUGGGCGUAUGCAGGGGAACGCACGACAUACUAGCGGGCACGCCGGCCUACCAGACGGACUCGGGCUGGUGCUUCUCGUGCCAUAACGGUGCUGAGUAUGCUAAGCGCCUCCCUCGCACUGGCGACCGAGUUGGGCUGCGGGUGGACAUGGACGCGAGGACGCUGGAGGUUUGCAUCAACGGAGAGUCUCAGGGGAUCAUGGUUUCGUCCCUCCCUUCCACUCUCUUCUUCGUCGUUGAUGCUGGCGACAAAGCUCAGGCCAUUCGCAUCGUCUCCUCAUCAUGA